UCUCACAGGCCCACACACUGCCUCAUCUCCUCCUCCCCCUCCCCCUUCUGAACAGGCUGGAUGACCAUCGCUGGAUCCUCCGAAGCAGCAGCAGAGUCACACCGAGGAUCAGUGCGUGCAGGCGGGCAGCCGAGCAGCAGCCAGUGGACGGAUCAGGAUCAGCAUUUCGGAUUAGUCGCUUCACAGCUAUGCACAUCCAUAACGUACAGUAAGAAGUCAGCGGAGCUUUUCACACACUUUAAAGGCGUCGAGGAUGAACGGGACUGCAGGAUCGAGCACUGGGUCGGCUUCUUGCCGUUUCGCCCACUAUUUUGUUGUGUGUGGGGUGGACACGGAAACGGGCCUGGAGCCAGACGAGGGAGCAGGGGAAGGCUUUGAGCAGAGCCCCAUUCGACGAUCCUUCAAGUCAAAGGUUCUGGUGCACUACCCUGAAAACACAGACAGAAACCCCUUAAAUAAAGAUGCUGUCAACAUGCUCUGCAUGCCGAAGGGUCUCUCCUUCCGCACGCAGGCCGACCGACUCGAUACUCAGUUUCACUCCUUCAGCAUGUCCUUCGACGACGGCACACGUUCCUACGGCUUUGUCCACACCUUCUACGAGGAGGUUACCAGUGCUCCGAUCAUCACGGCGAUGCAGACUCUCUACCAGAUGCACCACGUGGAGCACCAUUCUGCUUCAUCAGCCUCCUCUCCCUCCACUUCUUCGUCCUCCUCCUCACCUUCCACCUCCAGCAUGGACUCGCUUAUGAGCAGCUCGGAUGAGUCAGACGCAGAGUCUCUGGCUGGGGUGUCUUCCUGCCUCGGAUGUGCGGGCUCUUUCGAUCCAGCCCGAGACACUCUGUACGUGUCUAAAGCUCUCUGCCUCCUCACGCCACUCCCCUUCCUUCAAGCUGCUCGGCAGUUUCUGUCUCAGCUGCACCAGGCAGUGACCUCCCACACAGCCCCACCACUUCCACUGGAGAGCUACAUCCAUAAUAUCUUGUACGAGGUGCCCCUACCUCCCCCGGGCAGGUCACUUAGGUUCCAUGGGGUGCAGGGACCCAUAUUGUGCCAGCGGCCUGGGCCUGGUGAGCUUCCUCUGGGGGAGUAUCCUCUGGGAGAGGCCUUCUCUCUGCUGGGUGUGGAAAAUAUGGUGCAACUACUCACCUGUGCACUUCUGGAGACACAAGUGUUGCUUUACUCUCAAGAUUACCAGCGUUUGAUGACAGUGGCAGAAGGCGUUACCACACUGCUGUUCCCGUUCCAGUGGCAACACAUCUACCUGCCCAUUGUUUCUGCACCUCUUCAUCACCUCUUGGACGCUCCCGUGCCGUUCCUGAUGGGAAUCCAGCGCAGAGUCGGAGCUCAGCGUUCCUCUCUCCACCUACCACACGAGGCCAACCUCUGCUUUGUGGACAUUGACAACCACUGUGUCGAGGCCCCUGAGGACCUCCCCGUGUUUCCAGAUCAGGCAGAGCUCAUCCAGGAGCUGAGUGAGGUGCUGCUGCGCUUUGGACUGCCUCCGCAGGGUGGUGCAGUCACUAAGCCCACAGCCACAACCGCCUCCCCCCGCCUGAGCAGCCUAGUGCUAGAGGAUCUGAUGGAGGACAGGAGGAACGGGAACUUGGGAGGCGAGGAGCUGGCCGUGCUGGAGAGGCUGCAGGCUCUGGCGCGGAGGUGUGGAGGAGACAAGACGUCAGAUGGAGGAAAGACUCUAGGUCAUGUGUUUGAGGAGGAGGAGGAAGAGUUGAAGGAUGCAAAACUGAACAUUCAGCUGAGGGAAGUGUUCGCUGGACGUUUUGCUGCCACGUUUGGCAGGUAUGAAGAGUUUGUCAUCCACAGCGCUCUUGAUUUGGACUCCUGGUUGAGUAACAGAGAGGGAACCUUCAGCUUCGACAAGGGUUCCUUCCUCUCAGUCCAGCCUGCGGCCCAUCUGCACUUCCUGUCCCAUUUCCUGGAGACGUCCAUGUUUUCCUCUUUUGUGGAUGGGAAGGUGAUUUCACGCUGGGCAGACAGAGAGCCGAUGCAGCAGCUGUUUGAUAACCGUUUGGAGAGAGAACGACUGUACGACACAGAUGAAGAAGACCCCCGUAACUGGUGCUACAGGAAGUGCACCUCGCUCUUUGAGUCAGCUCAGGCCAUUGAGCGAAGGAUGCUGAAGGCGGACCACACAGCCAUACACCCCCACCUGCUGGACAUGAAGAUCGGUCAGGGUCGUCACCAGCCAGGCUAUUUCCCCAAGCUGCAGGCUGAUGUGCUGGCGCAGGGACAAAACUCCAACAAGUGGUCAAGUCGAGUUACAGCUUCACGCAGGAGCAACCCCAAGAGAUCAACAACGACUGAACACUCAGGAGCGGACAAUGAACAGAGACAGAAGCACACAUUUGCAAGAAAAAACCUCCGCCAGUCUAAGCUGCUUGACAUGUCGCCACAAGCUGUCACUCAGACUCACCGAGAGUUCGUCGACGGGCUUCUGAGCGAGUGUCGUCUCAAGACUAAACGGAUGCUGAUGGAAAGGAUGGGAAAGGAGAGUGUGGAACUGGGUCAGGGAGAAGCAAACAUCACAGGCCUACAGGAGAACACACUCAUCCACGGCCUAUGUGACCUGCUAGAGAGAACCUGGGGCCAUGGGCUGCAGCUGAAACAGGGGAAGUCCGCUCUUUGGUCUCAUUUGCUUCAUUAUCAGGCGGCCCAGGGGAAAACAGAGACACCAACUGAGUCUCCAGGGUGUAACGGUUCAGACCAGAGAACGUUUGAUGAUGGCACUCUGAUCCUGAGAGGAACGCUAACACAGGAUAUGAGGUUCAUCCAAACCAUGAGUGAGGGUCUGUCUGAGGUGGGUCAGGCUCGGGCUUGGAUCCACCUGGCUCUGGAGAAGAAAAUGCUUUCUCAACAUCUUAAAGAGUUGCUGACAAACCAGGAGCUGCUCAGACAGUUGUAUAAACCUCAUUCAUUCCUGCUCUGUGAAGAAGAAAGGGAGCAGUUUCUGUUCCAUCUGCUCUCUCUCAACACUGUGGACUACCUCUGCUUCACACGCGUCUUCACCUCCAUCAGUGUUCCAUACCGUGUUGUCAUAAUACCCAUGAAGAAGCUGAGUAUUGCAAUGGCAACAGUAAACCCUUGGGUGUGUGUGUCAGGAGAAAUGGGUGAUUCAGGAGUUAGACAGAUCCCGAAGAAUACACAAGAGAUUUUUUUCCAGUGUAAGAAUCUGGGCAGGCUGAGCACUCUGCAGCUGGGACAGGAGAACUCCGGCCUGCUGGCCAAGUGUCUGAUAGACUGUGUGAUGGUGUACAAUGAGAUCACAGGACACACCUACAAGUUCCCAUGCGGCCGGUGGUUGGGGAAAGGCGUGGGUGAUGGCAGCCUGGAGAGAGUUCUCAUUGGUCAGCUGGUGUCACCUGGUGCUGAGGAGGAUUCUGGACGAUGGACAGGGACGCCUCCAGAGCUGGCCUCUCCUUCACAGAGUAUGCGGACAGUGUUGGGAUCACUUGGCAGCAGAAGCAGAAUGCUGUCUGUUGAGGUACACGAGGACAUGAGAGAGGCGGCAAAUAACCUUGUUAAACACUUCCACAAACCUGAACAAGAGAGAGGAAACCUGACGGUCCUGUUGUGUGGUGAAGGAGGUCUGGUGCUCUCUUUGGAGAAGUUUCUUCUACACGGGUUCAAAUCUAACCGUCUCUUCCAGAGGAACGUGUUUGUUUGGGACUUUGUGGAAAAAGCAGUGGUUUCCAUAGAGACAGCUGAUCAGAUGGGUGACCUGCAUGGAUCAACACUGACAAAGGGUCCACCUGUUGACUCACUGUGCCACUACGUCAAUGCAAUCAAUGCCUCGCCACGAAACAUUGGAAAAGAGGGAAAGUUCCAGCUGUUUGUCUGCCUGGGAAUCAGGGACCGGCUUCUCUCUCAGUGGCUCCCCCUGCUGGCGGCGUUCCCUCUGACAGCGCGGACAUACGAGGAAGGGGCUCUGAUGAGGGACCGUGCUGCUGUUCACUCGCUCUCUCGCAUCCUGCACACACUCAAUGAGUUCACCAUCACCUUGGAGACUGCACUAGUAAAAGGAGUUGACCUCUGACCCUGAAAGAUACUCAUGGAGCUGUAUCACCUGCUGGAUCCCCUGCUGCAGGAUUUCUGAUGGGUUCAAACGUUCAUCAUUUCAUUGGCGGGGAAAGGACAUAUACUCAGACUCUUAAAAAUGUUGACUUUAUUUAAAAAAGGAGAGUGGACUAGUCGAAGCCACUGGCAACUGGAGCUCCAAACAUUUUGCCUUGUUCAUUGAUGUACAUGUCUGAUAUUCUGUAUUUGCUUCAGGAAAUAGUCUGAUUUUUCCUAUGCUUGUUUACACUGUGAAAUUCUGUUUCCCUGAGGAGAAAUAGAGAGUCAUUCAUAACCUCACAUCUACAGUAGAAAUUUUCACAGCUCACACCAUUUACUGUACCCAACCUUACAACCACUGUAACUCUCCUUCAACUGCUGUAUUGCUUGCACUUGAAAUUUGAACUAAGCACAUGCAUGGCCAAAAUCUGUUUGUUUUAUGUCUUAAUGUGAUGUGAUUUAUCAGGACUCAGGCCUUAUUAUAUAGAAGCAUUUUUCUGGACAUAGUUCAUUUAAUAUCUUAGUAAAUAUACCCUGGAAAGUUACCCCACCCCCUCUCUUACUAUGUUAAAAUGGUAUAUUAUUAUGCUCUUGCCUGUUUCUCUUUGUUUAUUUCAGUUUGAGGUCACACACUGCAGAGUUGUGCUCAUGAAAUCAUCACACUGAAACCAAACUAUUGUCCUAAUUGUGUCAGCUCAAAUAGUCUCUGCCACUUUGAUAGGAAGCUUUUCUCCCUCUUUAUCAUUGUAAAUAAGUUUCUUCAUUAUAUAUUUGAUAGAAGGGUGCCCAUUUGUUAUUAUGGUGUGAUGAAUUCGUGGCAUAUUUUUCGUCUGUGUAAAACAAAAGAUUUCAUUAAUCAUGCUCCAUUGAAUAUACGUACAGUAGUCAUGCUUUCCGUUUAUGACUGUUCGGUUGUCUUCUGACAUAGAGCACAGGUUGUUCAAACCCCUAGGUAUUACGUUGAUGUUGCAUUUAAUUUAACAGUUAAAGAAGUAUAAAUAUGCUGUCUCCUGCACUGCCCUGCAAGCACUAUGUAACCAACAAAGACCAAGCCUCUAUUAUCAUUUAAGUACAAAUUAGAGGAAGCAAUAAUGAAUUGUUAUUUAUGAAAUAUGUGAUAAAAGAAUAAAGUUAAUACAAGAUGGA